AUGUGUUCUUCAGAAGCUAGGGCGUACCCCAGAAGCGACGCGCAUUGUCCUCACCCGGGCAAUGUGGCAAAUAUGCGAGGGCUACCGGCUAGAGGACGAAGCCGGCCAAAGAAGUUAGUCCGCCAUCGCCAGCAACAUCCAGUGCGCUUGGCAACACUUAACGUUGAGACGCUUACUGGAAGAAGUCGUGAACUGGCAGACAGUCUCAGAAAACGCCGUGUUGACAUAUGUUGUGUACAGGAGACUCACUGGAAAGGCUCCAAGGCAAGGGAAUUAGGCGAUGGCUACAAGCUGAUCUACCACGGCACAUCAAAUCGCAACGGCGUUGGUAUCAUAUUGAACGAGUCGUUUAGAAAUAGCGUCACAGCGGUGGAUCGACUAUCGGAUCGCUUAAUGGCUGUAAAAGUAGAUACAGGAGAAGUGGAAUUGCGAGUUGUCUCUGCUUAUGCGCCACAGAUGGGCUGUAGUGAAGAAGAGAAGGCGUGCUUUUGGGAAGAUCUGGAGCAGUACGUCCAAUCCCUGGAAAGCAAAGAAGUACUUUUAAUCGGAGGAGACUUCAGCGGACAUGUCGGUUCCCGGAAAGACGGAUUCGAGAGUUGUCAUGGUGGAUACGGCUAUGGAGCUCGUAACGACGACGGGUUGCGAAUCCUGGAGUAUGCUGCUGCAAGUGACUUGAUCAUUGCUAACACGCAGUAUCGGAAAAGAAAAUCGCAUUUGAUCACGUACACCAGCGGCGGUCGUGAAACACAAAUAGAUUUCUGGAUGUUACGCCGACGAGAUCGCCGACUUCUGCAGGAUUCAGACGUCAUCCCUACAGACCAUGUCGCUGCCCAACACCAUCUGCUCGUUAUGGACUUGAAAAUCUCCCGUCCAAGGAAGAGACAUCCAAGGACUGAAACACAGCGCAUCAAAUGGUGGAAUCUGAAGGAUCGAAAGGAGAACGAGGAAGUUCAGGCGGCAAUUCGUGAGAAGAAGUCCAAGUAUAAGCUCUGGUGGAGGACGCGUCAGCCUGAAGAUCAAGGUGCUUACCUAGCGACGAAGAGGGAGGCUAGGAAGGCAGUCUCCAAGGCGAAGUCGAACCGCUACAAGGCUGUGUACGACAUGCUUGAUACCAGAGAAGGCGAGCGGGCAGUGUAUCGUUUAGUCAGAUCACGUCAUCGCUCAACGUUGGAUAUGGCGCACACCAAGAUCGUUAAGGGAGCUGAUGGAGCCGUUCUGCGCCGCUCUGGUCAGAUCCUGGAGAGGUGGCGAGAGUACUACAAUCACUUGUGUAACGAAGAGUUCUGUCAUCCUCCCAUCCCAACUGUUCCCAGCGUCGAGGGUCCUGUUCUACCGAUUACUGCCGUCGAAGUCAGUGCUGCCCUCGCAAAAAUGAAGUCGAACAAGGCAGAUGGUUCUGAUGACGUACCUGCUUAUGCCUGGAAGCUGCUAGGAGAUCGAGGGUCCGUGUGGCUCGCAGCUCUAUUUAACAAGAUCGUUGCAGAAGGACGGACUCCAGACGUUUGGCAAACUUUCGUGACUGUGCCUGUCUGGAAAGGGAAAGGAGACAUUGCUGACUGCACCUCGUACAGGCCUAUACGACUGCUCUGCCAUACGAUGAAAGUUUUUGAGCGUGUCCUGGAAGCUCGUCUGAGGAAAAUUGUUAGCGUUUCACUCAACCAGUGCGGUUUUGUGAAGGACUGCAGCACUAUGGAUGCUAUCCAUGCUGUCCGAAUCCUCCUGGAGAAACAUCGAGAAAAGAACCGCAGUGUGCAUCUUGCUUUUCUCGAUCUCGAGAAAGCUUUCGACCGUGUCCCACAUGAGCUUUUAUGGAUGUCCAUGAGGUCGCAUAGAGUACCAGAAGAAUAUGUGCGGUGGACGAAGCUGCUUUAUGCGAAGCCUACCAGCGUUGUACGAUGUGCUGUUGGAACAAGCAGGCCAUUCCCUGUACGAGUGGGGGUUCAUCAGGGUUCAUCCGUCUCACCUCUGCUGUUCAUGCUGUGCAUGGACACGAUAACGAAGGAAAUCCAGAAGCAGCAUCCGUAG